AUGGACGCGAACGACACAAGCACCUUCAAAGCCAUCUUUGACAAAGCAUACCACCUCACUGAAAGCCUACCUUACCUCUACUAUACCGUGCUGGAUGCAACCUCUUACUGUCGUUUGGUGAAGACCGUCCUGUCAAGCACGCUUUGGUACGUUGAUAUCCCAGUCGUUCCCGAUACGAAAACCCAAGCUUGUGGUACAUGGCUAAGGAAACUGCGCGAAACGACGAAACGUAACCACAAGGAGACAGAUUACUUACGAAGUCAGCAAGCUGUGAAAUGGUACCAGAUAAUGUACAACGGGGUUCGCGAUGACCCAAAGGAUGGUCCUCAUCACCGAAGACUAUUGGAACAAGCUCUAGAUGCCCUCUGUGACGCCGAAGAACGAGUCACAGAGGCCGAGGAUGCAGAGGAAGAGGAGCGCAUGCGCCAGAACGAGGACGAGGUUGAGGACGAGGAGCCACAUUCUGAGGAACACCAUGAUGAGGAGGGUGUGAUGGAGGAAAGCCAAGAGGAGCAAGACGAUAUUGACUCAGAGAUGGGCUUCUUGAAGUCUUGA